CCAAGGUGGGGAAGCGGGUUGUAGGCUGGUGGAUUUUCAGAGGGGUGCACGCACACACGCACACGCAUCGCACCGUACGAUGCAAACUAGCAAACAUGUAGCCGUCUCCACAGGUAUGAUAGAUGCUAAACCACCGAUGGUGCGCGCGAGGGAUCGACUGAAAUAGAAAAGGUAACGUGGAGGCUACGUGACGUACUUGUGCGGGAUCACGUUAGCCGACCUCACAUCUGGUUCGAGGCGCCCCGCCGCAUCCUCGGGACGGUGAUACAACGUCGGCCUGGAGAGUUCGUGGAGUGUCGGGGCUACCGCUGCCGUCUCUCACCGCGUUACCUGUUCCGAGUCGCUGUGUUACCUGUUAAGCUACUCGUAAUGGAUUCGAACCUUCCUCGUCUGAUCCUCCUCAUCCUGAUUGGCUGCGUCCAGUGCUCUCCUGAUGACGGCCACCACCACGGCCCCCGCCGCUAUGACUACUGUGUGCUCGGUGCUGGGCCCGCGGGACUGCAGAUGGGAUAUUUCCUCUCCAAAGCUAAAAGAGACUACGUCAUCUUGGAGAGGAACUCUGGGCCGGGCAGCUUCUUUAACAAGUAUCCCCGGCACAGGAAGCUCAUCAGCAUCAACAAGAUCUACACGGGGAGCCAGAACCGCGAGUUCAACAUGCGCCACGACUGGAACUCGCUGCUCAGCGAUAGACCUGACCUCCUGUUGAAGAGAGUGAGCAGGGAGUUCUUCCCGCCAGCCGAUACCUUCCCGGUCUACCUGUCCAUGUUUGAGAAGGAGCUCGGGCUGAGGGUCCGGUACGGCGUGGACGUCGGGAUGAUCAGGGCAGUGCGGUCCCCCGAGGGCAGAAGCUACAUCCUGACCGACCAACAUGCAUCGGACUACAAGUGCAGAGUCCUCCUGGUUGCCUCGGGUCUGUGGGUUCCUCAGAGGGUUGAGUUUGUCGGUUCCGACUUGGUCGAGGAAUACGAGUCCAUCUCCACUGAUCCCGAGGACUACAAGGACCAGGCCGUACUUAUUCUGGGCAAGGGGAACUCGGCUUUUGAAACCGCCCAGAACAUCUCGGGAAGAGCGAAAUUGGUGCACAUGCUCAGUUCCAACCCUGUUCGACUGGCCUGGGAAACGCACUACGUCGGAGAUCUCAGAGCUUUGAAUAACGAGCUUCUAGACACGUAUCAGCUGAAGUCCCUGGACGGGUUGGCGGAAAUCCCCCUGGAUAAAAUAGCCAUCACUCAACUGAAGGAGCAAGGCAGGAGGAGAUCGGGCGCUAAGAAGAAGGGACAGUUCUACGUGACUUUAAAGAAGUACCUGCAACACCAGGAAGAGAAGAACGGUUCUGAUGUGACGGGAGAAGAAACCCCAGGUUAUCACAUUGACAACUUCUCUAUGCGAAAGCCUUACGACCGGGUGAUAUCGUGCCUUGGAUUCGGAUUCAACUUCAGCAUAUUUGACAGCUCCGCCCGCCCAAUGAACAGCGACAAUGCUAAAGGGAGGUUGCCGAGGCUGACGGCCUGGUAUGAAGGGGAGAACACCCCCGGCCUGUUCGUGCUGGGAACCGCCGCUCACUCCAGAGACUACCGCUCGUCUGCCGGCGGCUUCGUCCACGGUUUCCGUUACACAGUGCGCUCUGUACACCGUGUGCUUGAACAGCGUUAUCACAGCAACCCGUGGCAAUCGACGAAACUGUCGACGGCACAUCUGCAGUCGUGGAUUCUGAAGCGGAUCAACGAGGCCUCUGGGCCGUACCAAAUGUUUGAGGUGCUCGGGGACGUUAUCCUUCUUCGCGGCUCUCACUGUGAAUACGUGGAAGAGUUUACACUCCAGGCCCUGCCUCAGGUCUCCUCUCUCUCGGGCCACGAGGUCUCCAACCACGGACUGAUAGUUCUGGUCAUGCAGUACGGGAAGAAAAAAGUCGACAAUUUGGGGCGGGGCCGGGCUUACACAGAAUGGACCAGAGCUUGGAAAUCCAACUUUCUGCACCCUGUUUUAUACUACUACGACCAACUUCCCACUGAGGAAGAAAUGAAGCUCCGUCCCUCCGGCUGGCCUUUGCCAAGGCCGAAGGCGAUUCAUCACGUGGUUGAGGACUUCCUCACAGAAUGGGGGACUCCCAUAUCUCAUAUCCAGCCACUGCGGCGCUUCUUGGAGCACUGUGUCCAGACUGACCUCAGGGCCUUCUAUGCCGAAUCAUGCUUCCGCUCAGCCCUCACCCACCGCAAGCCGCCGCUGUUUUGUCAGCACGGGUACUUGAAGCGGCAGGGUGUCGCUCCCAACAGUCAGCCGUGGCAGCGCAAUCAUGACGCUGGACCGAUGCCUACUGAGCGAGAUGCGGGCACGUCGGGGGCGGAUCCCGCAUUCCCAAACUACCUGGCACAAGCUGGAGCCUCCAUUUCUUCAGGACUGAAACUUGACUUCUGAUUGUUUUGCCCAAGCGUGUUAAAGGCAAGGUUGGUAAUCUUGAGAAGGUAGCGAGUACGUUAGAUUUAACAAAGAAUAAUCCAACCACAACAAAUUCAGACAAAUCUUGUCCAAUGAAAGUAGCAAGCAGCGCUCUAAAAGUUCCUAAAUCUAGCAAGUAAGUCGCCACGUUGGCAACACUGAGAGCCCGUACUUUAAAGCCUACCUCUAAAGCUACUCCCCCCCCCCCCAAAAUGAUUGUCAUGAACGUAAACAAAGAACAUGGAUAUUAUAAGUUCUCACGACUGUUAAGCUAGCGGUUUGUGGAAGACUCUGGUAAAGAGCAAUGAGUGUGUGGGCAGAGUAUGCACAGGUAAGCAGGCGGGUAGCCCGUCCAAUCAUUACAUUCGAGCCGAAAGAAACGAUUGGACGGGUUUAUUGCGGUCGUCCGACAGCCACAGAAGAAGAUUAUUAAGACUAUCUUUAAAGCUAUGCGCCGUGUUCACACCAAACGCGUAUUCGCGUCAUUCGCGCCGCCGGUCUCGCCGGGGACUAUUUGUGUUCAUAGGCG